AUGGACGGCCUUCCUCGCGACAUCAUCCGACUGGAAAGCUCGAAAUUUAUGACAAGCGCUAACUCCAUUCCACCUUCUAUUCGACGAGUAUGUGACAAAGCGGGGCAGGGCCAUGUCUUUCGUUUCGUCAAUGCAGGCCGAGUAAAUGCUCAGGAUGCUUGCGAGCUGGUUGAGACCCUUAGAGAACUCGAUCUGCUGCAAAUUGUCGAUUUGUUUGAGCGAUCCACUAAGGCUGACAACGUCGAAAAGAAGAUAGUUGACCAGCUGUUACCACUUGAGGAAGGAGUAGUGCAUCAGCUGAGAGAAACUGCGCCAGAGGUAAGGACAAAUUGGCAUGAUCUCGGUCUUGAGGCAGUUUCGAAAGGUAUGGUAGGCGCCCUGAUACUGGGUGGCGGCCAAGGCACACGCCUGGGCUCCGCUGAUUGA